GCUGUUGAGGAGAUAGGUACAUCCAUGUCUUUCCAAAAUAUUGAAGAUUUCAUCAGUGAAAUAAGAAAAACUGCUUCUGAUUAAUUUUGGACCUGAUACAGCAACAAACUUGAACUAUGCAGACAAUUAAGUGUGUAGUUGUGGGAGAUGGUGCUGUUGGUAAAACAUGUCUUCUAAUUUCUUAUACAACAAAUAAAUUUCCCUCUGAAUAUGUACCAACGGUGUUUGAUAACUAUGCUGUAACAGUGAUGAUUGGCGGGGAGCCAUAUACCUUAGGCCUGUUUGAUACAGCAGGACAGGAAGAUUAUGACAGAUUACGGCCCCUCAGCUAUCCACAGACAGAUGUGUUCCUGGUGUGCUUCUCUGUGGUCUCACCAUCUUCAUUUGAAAAUGUUAAAGAAAAGUGGGUCCCUGAAAUCACUCACCAUUGUCCGAAGACUCCGUUUCUGCUCGUUGGGACCCAGAUUGAUCUCAGAGAUGACCCCUCAACGAUUGAGAAACUUGCCAAGAAUAAGCAGAAGCCCAUCACUCCUGAGGCCGCUGAGAAACUGGCACGGGACUUGAAGGCUGUCAAAUACGUGGAAUGCUCUGCGCUCACACAAAAAGGCCUAAAGAAUGUAUUUGACGAAGCGAUAUUGGCUGCCCUGGAGCCCCCGGAGCCGAAGAAGAGCCGCAGGUGUGUGCUGCUAUGAACGUCCCUUCACGGCCCCUUCUGCCAAGCUGGUGUUGAUGUCAUACUAAAAGCAAUGUUGAAAUCAAACUAAAGAGUCAGAUUUUCCAAUUUUUUUUUUUUUUGCAAUAAUGACAAAUGCCGUGCACCCUCUUCCCAUAUGCUCCCUGUGUGAGAGGCAAAUGUUAGCACUCUUCUCCAGUGCCCUUCGGUUAGACUAAUUUUUUAAAAAACUAGAGUAAUGUAUUCCAACACUGAUUAGUACUAGGGUUUUUGUUUGUUUACUGUUAAAUUUUUGUUUUUAAGAUUCAGGCAUGCUUAAUGAUUUUUUUCUGUAACGGACUAAUUCUUAGUCUCUAGCCUUCAGACCCUAUUCCAUCAUGCUAGGCUGGCAGUAUUUUGGAUUCUGUGAUUUUCUGUGGCCAGCUUACAAGUUAAGGGUGAGCAGGCUUCAGUCCUUGGAACAGGUUCUGGAAUUGGAACUGUCCCAAACUGGUGCUCCUUUGAAAGGAGAUGUAAGUUCAUCCUUUGAAGCUGCAUCUCCUCUGAAGUUGCCUUGGAUCUACUCCCUUCUUUCCUCCAAGCACGUCAGAAAUCCCUGUCUUGCCCCUUUCGAAGAUGCAAAAUAUAAAUUAGCCCAUUGUUGGUCUAUUCAGCCAAAAGCUUUUGUGUCUGUGUGUUUUUGUGUUUGUAAAACACACUUGUGAAUCCCACCCAAUUUUGCCAAUUACUAAUUUUUUGUAGUUGAGUUUCAAAACUGGCAACAUUAGGUGUUAACUGAAAAGAGAGAACAGCAUAUUUUUAAAGUCAGCUCAAGUUUCUUGGAUUUGUUCAACAACCAUCCACUCUGUUGGUAAGCAGAGGCUUCUCGCGGUCAGCAAUAUUAGAGAUACAUUUAUGACUCAUCCACUGCUGCCUUCAUCUGUUGAAAGGAGUUGGAACCUAACAAACUCACUGUGCCGUGAAGCAGUUCAUCAUUCUCUUUGAGGGGGAAAGAGACACAGGAGAAAAAAAUUCAGUAGGCAUCGUGGGGGCCAGUUGGAAGAUGUGAUCGAACCAGGCAGCAUCAUUGGCCUCCUGGUGGGUGAGGAUCUCUGACUCCACUGUUCGUAGGGAUCUUACCAAAAUAUACUCUGGCUUAAUACUUCUCAAUCUACCCAGACUCUAAUUCUUGUAGACUCAUUAGUGUUGAACUGAUGCUUUUUUCCAUGUCUAAGUUCUUUGUAUAUGCAUUUUUUUUUCAGAUGUAUUAAACAUGAACUAUCUUCACAA